UAGAGACGCGAUGGGACAUACUGCUGCUCUAGCGCUCAUUUUAAUGAAUGACAGUUAGCAGUAUACCAACAGCUCACAAUCAUGACAAGUGAAGGGCUUGUGUUUUUAUGCGGGUUGGGGAUUCUCCAAAUGCUGUGUGUGACUGAAGGAAGCACUGGGGGAUGUGGGUGUCCAGCGGCCAGCAUUUUGUCUGACUUUCCAUCUAAGGUACCCAAUGACACAUGCUGCUUGAACUACUCAGGAUCCACAUUCAACCAGGUGUCUUGGCCGGCUUUUUUGUCACAUACACACCUGCAGGUUUUGGACCUGACUAACUGUAAUAUCAGUCACAUUGAUCACAGUGAGGUCGGUGAUGCUGUCAGUUCACUGAGAGAGCUGUAUCUCAGCCAGAACAGACUGACAUCUCCUCCAGCUGACUUCCUCGCUAAAGCUUAUAGUUUGGAAGUGCUGGAUUUGGGAGUGAAUCAUCUGAAGGAUCUGCCCGAGCGAUUUCUGCAGAACUCGGACAAACUGCGAGUGCUGAUCCUGGGAUGGAACCAGCUGAGCGCUCUGCCUCAUUCAGCGCUUAAGCCGUCGCUACAGCAUCUGGAGCUCAUUGGAAACCCCUGGGACUGUACAUGCUCGCUGUGGAAGGGGCUUCAAGGUGGUCUGCAUGACAACUCCAGCAGCCUUCAGGACCUCGUAGGUAAUCUGACCUGUGCCUCUCCUCAAAAUCUUGCAGGGCAGACGCUUUGGUCUUUGCAGACCAGUGACGUGUGUCAUUUGCCCAAUCUGACUGCUCUCUUCAUCCUGCUUCCCUUGCUCCUCCUCCUCAGCUUGGUGCUGUGCUGGUGCUGUGGCAGAGAGAAGAAGAAGAACAAGAAGAAGAAAGAGACCACCUCGUUCAGCCCUACUCGCAAAAGGGCCAACAACUCCCAUUGCAACGGACGGUGGCCACAUGCCAAACUGCCCACUGAGGAGUCAGCAGUGUCUGUCGACAGAGGAAAGGAGGUCAUGCUGAAGAACCAGCUGAUGCUUCAGCCCUCGUCCACCCUGUUAGACAGCACUCGGGAUAUUUAUGAGGAGGUGGAGGUCAAACUGGGCUCUGUGGACUCGCUGGCUCCUCCGCCGUCCACUUGCUCCACAGAAGGGACCGCGGGAAAGCAGGACCUGGACACGGUGAGUGUGAGCGAGGUGAUGAAGGACUCGGCCGAUCGGGAGAAGGCGUACUUGACCCAGUCCACUGAAUACUACAGCCUGGUUCCUGGGAUUGAAAUCGAAGACUCCGAUCAUGGAGAGUAUGAAAGUGUGGACCUCUCGUGACAUUACUGGAAAUGCUGCAUUUGGUUGA